AUGGAAGACACCGAUAUUAUAGAAAUAUUUAACAUGGUCAAACAAAAUCCGUCAAAAUCUUCCUUUACAAUUAAGGAUGUUGUCCUGUUUAAACUAUUACCUCGAGGGAAAACAAAACUACGUGUACCUUGUAUUCCACAAACACUAAUUAAAGAUAUACUAUUCACCCAUCAUGAUCAUCCAUUAGCUGGACAUUUUGGCGUGGAACGCACAUGGAGAAACAUUAACAACAAAUAUUAUUGGCCAAAUAUGAAAGAUUCAAUUGAAAAUUACAUUCGAUCGUGUUCUAAGUGUUCAGAAUUUAAUAUACAACGUCGAAAGGCUCCUGGUCUAUUGCAACCGAUUGAUCCUCCUUCUGAAGUUUUUCAAGUACUCGGUCUCGAUUGGUGGGAUCCAGCUCCGGUCUCAUCAGACGAAUAUAAAUACGUUCUAGUCAUAACCGACCGAUUAUCCGGCUACGUCAUUGCAAAGAUCGCUCGUUCAAACAUUCAAUACCAACAAACAUUGACAAAACAGCGUUAUGAUCGAAAUAGAUCCAGUCCUGUUUACAACAUUGAUAAUCUCGUUUGGCUCAAAAUAUUAAUCGGCCGAUCAAAGUUAGAUGAACGCUAUCGUGGUCCCUAUCGAAUUACUGAUAAAAUUACUGGAGUCAAUUACAUGUUAGAUGAUGGUGAUGGUGCAUUCGUGGCACACGUCAAUAACUUAUUACCGGUUUAUGAACGCUUGGUUUAG